UAUCAUCAGAUAGGUGUUUCCUCUGAGAUUACAUUUAUUGGUAUCCCAAUAUCAACCAUUUUCCGUUUUAUUUCAAUUUCGUUUUCCAAUUUGUUCAUUUCGCGUUUCCACGGCUGAAGAGCUCCACAACAAACAACACGUGGUUGUUUGACAGAAUGUUGUUUCUCAAGAUUUGGAGCAGUCCGACGAGAAGGAAUGCCUGUAGCGCAUGGAUAAGGUUAUUUUCAUCGCAUGACAACCCCUUUGGCAUUCCUCCAUCAUCAAGUAAAAAGUCACCAGAGGAAAUGAGAAGAGAGCACAUGGCUCGAGGGUUGCCACGGAAACGUCAGAUUGAUGGAGUGAAACAUGUUAUCAUUGUUGCAUCAGGAAAAGGAGGAGUUGGAAAAUCAACAACAGCAGUGAAUCUUGCAUUAGGCCUAGCAGCCAAUGAACCACUCAAGGAUGUUGGCUUGCUGGAUGCUGAUGUCUAUGGGCCGUCAGUACCCAAGCUGAUGAACCUGCGAGGAGAGCCAGAGCUUACUCCAGAUAAUCUGAUGAGGCCACUGGUGAAUUAUGGAAUAAAAUGUAUGUCCAUGGGCUUUCUGGUGGAGGAGACUGCAGCCAUUGUGUGGAGGGGGCUCAUGGUGAUGGCAGCUAUUGAGAGACUGACCAGGCAAGUGUCAUGGAGCCCCCUGGACUAUCUGGUGAUAGACAUGCCCCCAGGGACGGGCGACGCCCAGUUGUCCAUAUCCCAAAACAUCCCAGUCUCAGGUGCUGUAGUGGUGACAACGCCACAGGACAUAGCCCUGCAGGAUGCCAGGCGCGGAGCGGAGAUGUUCCGGAAAGUGGACGUCCCUGUGCUGGGACUGGUGCAGAACAUGAGUGUCUUCGUGUGUCCGAAGUGCGGACACCCAGAACAUAUAUUUGGGAAAGAUGGUGCGGAGAGAAUCGCUAGAGAGUUGAACUUAGACAUUAUUGGUGACAUACCACUGCACAGACGCAUCCAGGAGCUGUCCGACUCCGGACAGCCAAUUGUGAUAGCUGAACCAGACAGUCCUCAGGCAGAGGCAUACAGAUCUAUAGCAAAGAGAGUGGUAGAGCGAUUGGCGGAUACAUGAGUCAGCCUGAUGUUGGGUCUGAUGCAAGCUUAUAGUGGACCUGUGGAGACCAGUGGAGGGUAGUGCCAUGAUCAGCCCAUGUAGUCCAGGAUGAAGUGCAGGUCAUCAACAUCCAAGAGGCCUAUGUAGCCAAGAAGCAGGAUCUAAUUAUCUGUAUAAAUUUAUCUCUUUGUGUCGCAUGGAGGCUCCAUGUUUGGAUUCUGGGAGGAUGUGUCUUCAGUAAUCCAUGCUUGUAGGAGAGGGGUAGAUGGUUACAAUGUGUGAUCUGGCUGGUCGUGUGUCAUUGUACAAAAGAUGUGGAUUGUUGAUCAUGAAAUCAGCCACUGGUUUCCUGACCCGGACCGGAUUGUGUACAGGCUGCUAAUGGAGCUGGACUAUCAGAAGAAGCUGGAAUCUAUGGAAUAUGACUGAGAUAUAAACCAUCUCUUUGGAAAAAUAUCAAGGUUUCAGAAAAACUUACAGUGUGACUGAUGGUAUCGCUGUGUAUAAGGCGAGUUUCUUUCGAUCAUUUUAUCAAAAUUCUUUAAAUUAUAUUAUUGAGUAAUUAUAAACCGAAUCGAGAAACGUGUGUACAGCUGAUUGCUACUUAUGACUUAGUUUAAAAGAAAAUACACACAGUAAUCUCAAUCUCUGCAUUUAACUGCUCAUUCAUAACAACUUAAUACAAACUUAUUUAAAAACAGGUUACUUUUAUUGUUCUUUGUGCGAAAGUGGAAAAAUCACUGGGGCUCCUUAAAUCUCAUGGUCAUUACAACUAAAGGCAUGGGUGUCCCAGUCAUUUAAGGCGACAUAAUUCUUCGCUAUGUAGAGUUGCAUCAUCAGAUAUCCUAGAAAGCUGUGAUCGUGUGUUCGAUUCCCAUAAUUGGCCCUGAUUAUGUUCUAUGUUUGUCAGCACCAUAUCUAUGCUCUUGGAGCACCAAAGUGGUAACGUCAAAGACCUGCAUCACUUCGGGCUUUCUUCCCAUAGCAAGCUGACACGCUGUUGUAUAAUUGAAUGAAAUGCUGUUCACAGCUGGGUUGAGCCAAACCUCACAUGCAGCUAUAUAAGACUGCAUGUCUUCUCUACACAUACUUCAGGGAGAGUUCAUGGAUUAGGCUAACUGAUACAGCAUGUCAGACUAAUUCUCUAAACUACACCAAAAGACAUUAAAAGAUGGUACUUGUUGUUACCCUGUCUGACGCUCAGCAUUAAGGGGCUAAAACAUGGACUGGUUGGCUCGGAGUCAGUAUUCUGAGUGGGGUAUUCAUGUUAAACUGCGAC